AUGGCGGCUUAUGAAGCUGUGGUUUCUCUUAUGAAAAUCAUUGAUGAUAUUGAAACUCAUCCAUCCCCUCCUAUUUCUCUUGAUAAACAACAACUUGAAUCUCUCACCGAAAAACUUGUGUUUUUGCAGGAAUUUCUCGAGAGCUAUAACUCUCCUUUUGCAUGCAGCAACGAAGCAGAUCCACUGGAAAUGCGUAUUGUAGAUGCAGCUCAUGCGGCUGAAGAUGUGAUCGAGUCCUAUAUUGUUGACACAAUCCAGCUCUCUGGUGAUGAACAAGUCAGUUGCUUCCACUUCUAUCAAAAUAUGCAUAGAGUGAUAGAGGAAAUGGAAUUGAUCAAGAAAGAGGUUACUGUGAUAAUGAAGGACAAGGAAGUGGCUUCUGAUGGUGAUGGUGUUGGUUUAAGGAUCGAUCCCAUUGAGAAGAAGAACCAUGUCAUGGUAGGGUUUGACGACGUGUUGGUUGAGCUCCUGGAUAGGCUCGAGGGAGGACGUGCCGGACGCCAAGUCAUCCCUAUCGUAGGGAUGGGUGGCAUAGGUAAAACUACUCUUGCCAAAGGUGCGUUUGAACACCCGCUUAUUAAAGAGCGCUUUGAUAUUUGCGUGUGGGCUACCAUUUCGCAAGAUUAUAAUAUGGUAGAAACUCUUAGGCAAGUUCUCUCGAAAGCAAGAGGGGAGUUGAGCAAUGCGAGUGAAGAUGACUUGGGGGAAAUACUAUAUAAAUAUUUAGCGGGUAGGAGAUAUUUUGUUGUUAUGGAUGAUAUGUGGAGUAUAGAGGUAUGGGACAAGAUGAAGUUUUUCUUUCCUGAAAAUAAUAAUGGGAGUCGGAUAAUAGUAACAACUAGGAUGUCAAACUUGGCUUCAUGCUUGACUGAUUCCAAUAACCUAGUUAAGAUGAGAUUUCUAGACGAGGUUAGUAGUUGGACUUUGUUCUCCAACACUGUGUUUGGGGCACAAAGUUUUCCUACUAAACUCGAGAGUAUUGGAAAGAAAAUUGUGGAAAAGUGUAAUGGACUUCCUUUGGCUAUUAUUGUGGUAGGGGGUCUAAUGGCUAAAUCCGAACUUACACUAGGAUACUGGGACCACAUUGAGAAAAACUUUAGCUCAAUAGUGAAUUCGGAGAAUGGUGAUUAUUGCUUGAGAAUAUUGAAAUUGAGUUAUAAUCAUUUGCCUGUCUAUUUAAAGCCUUGUUUUCUGUAUAUGGGAGUGUUUGAGGAAGACCGUGCAAUUAGAGCUUCAACAAUCGUCAAGCUAUGGAUUUCUGAAGGAUUUCUUAAACCAGUAGACAAUAAAAGCUUAACAACUAUUGCCAAAGAGUACUUAAAGGAGCUAGUUGAUAGAAAUCUUAUUAUGGUAGUUCAUAACUUGGGGAUACUUGGGAAUUCAAAAUACUGCAAAAUUCAUGAUUUACUAAGAGAUCUAUCUUUGAAAGAAGCUCGAGAACAUAGGUUUUUUUAUGACUUGAAGGAACAUAGUCCUCCACGAGAAAAUAGCCAACAACGCUUUGUUAUUCCGAGAAGCACUUCAAAGGAAAAUAUCCUUGAAGCCUUUGAAUCUAUGUCACAUGUUCGUUCUUAUGUAUGUGUUGACAAUGAAAUCUCAGAAUUGCGAAAUUCUAGAUUGUUGAGGACACUAUAUGCAUAUGAUACAACAGACGGACAGAGAGGCUGCGCUUAUUCCCCGGAAAGUGUGUUUCAUUCGGUGAACUCACGAUACCUGGCUUUUAGAGCUAAUUGGGAGUGCGUGAUUCCUUCAAUCAAUCUGCUUUGGAAUCUACACACACUUAUCAUAAAUUGUAGUAAGGAUUUUUUCGCACCGGUUGAAAUUUGGAAGAUGCAUAACCUUAGACAUGUCGACUUCUUACAAGGGAAAUUGCAUCUCCCAGAUCCUCCGAGCAUCGACAAAGAUGUUACUAUCAUGGAGAAUCUAGAGAUGAUCAAGGGAGUGAAUAAUUUCAACUUGAGUGAAGAUGUUGUUAAAAGAAUCCGCAAUAUCAAGAAAUUGGAUAUGAAAUAUGAUGUGAAACUACUUGACAGAGUGAACUAUGUCAGCUAUCUUCAAUGUCUUAGUGAACUGGAAUCCUUGACGCUGUGGGUCCUCUCCUUCGACGAUGGGGAGUGUCUGUUGAAGAAGAUGAGCUUCCCGCGCUCCCUUAAGAAGUUGACUCUCUUUCUACCAAGUAAUUUUGAGUUGGAAGACAUUCUGCAAACGAUAGGUUCGUUACCGCUUCUUCGCCAGCUCUCGUUGUAUGGGGGUCGGUUUGGAACACGCGAGUGGGAAACAGUUGAAGGCCAAUUCCCGAGGCUCAAGUCACUAACGUUGUAUGGAUGCCGUGAUCUGGAAAACUGGACAAGAAUUGAAAGAGAUCCCUUUAGAAGUUGGAGAAAUAGCAACGCUCAGAUUGAUUGA